AUGGGAUCAGAAAGGAUGGAUCGACUAGACUUAUUCGCCUUCUACACACUAUUGGCAAUUAUACUAAUUCAUAUUAUCAUAUUUCCACAUCACAAAAGAUUUUUAAUUCCAGCAGAUUUGACGGCCCACUAUCCUGAAAGUAUCCGUCCAUUUUAUGAACACAUUGCGAGAACUCGAAAUCUCAAGAAACUAAUUCGUGGCAUUGAAAACUCGGAACCCAUAUUUUCUUUACCUUCUUCUGGACAAAUAUUUUGUUUUGUUGAAACUUCUGAAAAACAUUAUUCGGAUCGUGUACCAUCUAUAGCAUCCACGUGGCUUGGAAGAUGUGACAACGGUCGUUUCUUUUCUAAAACCCCUCUUCCCGAUGCUAAAAUGCCUUUCUCAACUGUCUAUCGUAAUCUAGAAGAUGACUAUGAUGACCUAUUUCGGAAAACACUUUUCGGGUUCUAUUACUCAUACACUUACAUAUCCAAAGAUUUUGAUUGGUACUUGAAAGGGGAUGAUGAUAGUUAUUAUGCGAUGGAUCAUUUAAAAGAGUACCUGAGCACAUUGGAUCCAAUGGAACCAUUAUAUUUGGGAUACAGAAUGAAACCUUUUUUGGUAAACAAAUUAAACAAAAAAGCCCCUAAAGAUGGUUAUAACUCUGGUGGUCCCGGAUACAUCCUUUCUAAUGCUGCUGUCCGUAUCUUUGCUGAGCAUUUGUAUCAUGAUGAAGUGUUGUGCCCAUAUGAUUGGGCAGAGGAUAGAGGAAUGGCAAGAUGUCUUGCCUCGAUGGGAAUAUAUCCAGCUGAUACAAGAGACGAAAAUGGGUUGCAUAGGUUUAUUCCGUUCAGAGUGAAUGAGUGGAGAGAAGUUCCAGAUGCAUAUAAUUAUUAUCCAUUGAUGAAGAAUGGUUCUCUGGUAUCAGAAAAGUUCGUUUCCAUCCAUCAACUCUCACCAAAGAAGAUGAUAUUACUUGACAGUAUUCUCUACCCGUCAUCCGGAAAACGCCUAUUUACACCGGAGUUCUUGAAUCUACUCUAA